CAUAGGCUGGGUAUAUCCGUCUCCAGGCCUCAAUAAGAACACAAGACGCAAGACCAUUCGCCACCUGUUUCUUAACCCGGAUGUUUGAUCUACAAGUACAACGCUCUCGUUUGAGUCUAUAGCUUGAUGGUUCUAGAACGCCGCCAGCAGAUGCCCCGAGCCCAGCGCACUCUAAAUGCCGAGAAUGCAAAGCUGACGGUCGACCUGAACUUCUGCUGGCGCGGUCCUUCAUCUUUGUUCUCUCUCUGUUCUACAUGCAGCAGAUUAGCACGGUCGUUUCCUCCUUAUGUUCCUCCCGAAGAGGCCCAGACUGUGGCCGAUCUUAGCCGCAAUCCUGUCAACACGCACAAAUGCUGCAGAUUCAGCGAAAGCGGUCUCUCCCAUCAGUGUACCGCCCACACAGUACUGGGAUGGUAUUGACGGCAAAUGGAGCUCUUUUGGGAUUCAAGUGGGCACGCCUGCCCAGCAGAUCAGAGUUCUUCCGAUGACCCAAGAGGGUGCCAUAUAUACCGUCGUCCCAGAAGGCUGCACCUCUAGCGAUCCUUCGAACUGCGGAGAUAGCCGCGGUUCUCUCUUCCUAAUCAACCGCACAAGUACAUGGGAACAGCAAGGCCUAUAUGAGUUGUCUCUGAUCGCGGAAGCACCUCUAGGAUAUUCUGGCAAUGGGAUAUACGGAUAUGAUACUAUGACCUUGGGUUGGCCGGGCGACAACUUGCCUAGUUUGAAUUCCUCGAUCAUCGCCGGCAUCGCUACGAAAGACUUCUAUCUGGGAGGACUGCCAUUGAAUCCUUGGGCGGUUAACUUUACUAGCUUAACACAGAGUACACCAAGCAUGAUGACUUUGUUGAAGAACCAGUCAAAGAUUCCAUCAUUGACGUAUGGCUAUACAGCCGGCUACUAUAAUAACAACCCGUCGAUCUCUGGCAGCUUGGUUCUAGGAGGAUAUGACAAAAGUCGAUUUGUUGAAAACAACGUCAGCUUUACUAUGGGAGCGGACAUCUCAAGGGAUCUCCUUGUUAGCAUACAGAGUAUCGAUACCGGAUCGACAAAACUUCUGAGCCAACCUAUUUUCGCGUUUCUCGACUCCGCGAUCCCUACGAUCUGGCUCCCUGUAUCUGUUUGUCAAGCUUUUGAAACCGCCUUUAAUCUGACUUACGACGCCGAGGCGGAGCUUUACCUGGUGUCAGAUACUCUACACACAGCGCUACAGCAGCAGAAUCCCACAGUGACUUUUACUCUGGGUCCACAAGCUAGUGGUGAGAGCGUCAAAAUCGACAUGCCCUACGGAGCAUUUGAUCUGGAGUCCCAGGCGCCAUUCUCGCCUAGCGGAGGCCGAUAUUUUCCUCUGAAACGUGCAAACGACAGCUCUGAGUAUACAUUAGGCCGCGCGUUCUUUCAAAAUGCGUACGUGGUGGCCAAUUAUGAGUACUUCAACUUUUCUGUUUAUCAAGCAGCCUAUCCUGGCAGUGAUGUAGCGGAGGAUAUUGUGUCUUUGCCAGCUAAAUUUGCAAUCGUUGCAGGUGCUGGAAGCUCGUCUUCCCUGAGCACAGGAGCGAUAGCUGGAAUUGCUGUAGGAAGUGCGGCUAUCAUAGUCAUUGCACUUGGACUGGUCCUUUGGUUCUGUGUGUUCAAGAAAAGGCAGCAAAAUACCAAGGAACUACACGAACUUGACUCGACGCGGCAGCGCGAGGAACGCGAGAAGGUUGCGCAGCUUGACGGGGAUGCCACUGUUGUUCACGAAACCGAAGGCACAAGAAUUGAGCAUGAGCUCUAUUCCGAACACAAACCACUCGGCCAUGAGCUGGACGCUCGGAAUUACCAGGGGAUUUUACCGGUUGAACUACCUGUCAACGAAGUUGCAGCGUCAGAGGCCCAUAGCGAGCACUCCACGCCGUUUGUGACACCUUCGGUGACGCCGGCUCCAAAUCCCACGUUGAUGACAACUCAUUUCACUUCGCCGCUUUCGCAACAAGGGUACAACCAUGGCCAAGAAACCAAGAAAGCCGCGUAUCACGAAUACUGAGCUUUGAUGCAUUUGUAAAAGUUUUAAUGACCAUGAAUAUAGUCCAUUAUUGGAGAGUUUUUGGGAAAAUAGAUACCAAGUCACAGGGAGUCAAUGCAGGCGUAGCAAUUGUAUCAACCAAAUUUACUGUUGAUUCUGUCGAUUUCUGCUGCCCGGACAUGAUCGUGAU